AUGAAGACUCUUAGACCCAUAUGUUUUCUUGUUUUCUUCAGCUACAUUCAAUGUCAAACUGUUCAGAGAAGUUUACUAGCUGCAGCCUUGCGCCACAUUAAUAGCCAGAAUUAUCUGCAGGAGAACUUAAGAGACAUCGCCAGCAUUAUGGUUGCUCAGUUUCUUCAGAAAUUAACUUAUGAAGAAGUACAAACCAUAGCUGAAGAGUUGGUAGAUCUUGCAGAGAAGUGCAAGAUCCUCAAGUCACAUGAGUCACCGUCAGAAUGCUCUCACCAAUUGGUGACUAUGUUCCUAGAGCACAUUUGUAAUAACCAAGGAAAGGCUGACAAACAGAAGUUUUCUGACUGUUGCAAUAUAAAUAACAAAGCAAGACUCAAGUGCUUCCUAUUAUACAAAAAAGAUGGUGCAGAUUACAGUGAUAUAUUCCAAAUUCCAAAUCCUGAGCAGAUCUGUGAGAUGGACAAAGUGAAUCAAGUGUCAGUGAAGGAGAGGUACAUUUAUGAAACGUCUCGAAAGCAUCCAUUCUUGUAUGGACCCACUAUUCUGACCAUGUCUGCUUGCUAUGAAACAGCUAUUCAGUCAUGUUGCCAAGAAGAAAAUAAAACUGAAUGCUUCCAGAUAAAGCUGGAACCCAUCAGAAAAUACGUUAGAGAAAUAUCUUUGAGGCAUCACCAUUUAUGUGAAAUUGGGAUUAAAUUCAACCACAAAGUAGCAAAAGCAGUGGAAUUGGUUCUGCUGACUGAAAAACAACCCAAAGCUGACUUUUCUGAAAUUGCCAGGCUGGCUGUGGAUAUUAAAAAUCUGCAUCAGACGUGUUGUGAAGGAGAUGUAGUAGCAUGUGUACUUGGCAGGAGCCAGCUUAUGAACUAUACCUGUUCCAAGCAGUCGAUCCUCUCCAGCAAAAUCAGUCCGUGCUGUGCACUGCCGGAGCCAUUUCGAGGGGAAUGUGCUAUCAACUCAGAAAAUGACGAUGAACCUGAUCUUCCAUCCUUGCCACUCAGCAGAUUUACAGAAGACCGAUUUGUAUGCGCACAGUUCUCCAACAAGCCAGAUGAUUUCCUGCAAGAGUUUCUUUAUGAAUAUUCAAGAAGACAUUCAGAACUGGCAGUUCCCGUGAUUUUAAGAGUGGAUACGGUAUAUCAAAAUUUAUUGGCAAAAUGCUGUAAAUUAGAAAAUCCUCUGGAAUGCUACAGCCAUGGGCAAGAGAUAUUCCAAACAGUGGUUCGUGAAAGCCGUGAGCGUGUAAAACAUCACUGUGAUUUACAUGAGAAAUUAGGAGAUGCUAACUUCCAUGACUGGCUCAUAAUCCUUUAUACUAAGAAAGCCCCACAACUAUCUGCUCAAGAGUUGGUUAUGUUCAUAAAGAACAUGGGAGCUGCUGCCACCAAAUGUUGCCCCUUGAGAGAUGAGCAACAAUUUGCCUGCAUGGAGGACUCGGCAAAACUAAUUCUUGGAGGUUUAUGCAGAAGACAUGAGGCAGAGCCUAUCAAUGCUGGUGUGGGCCGCUGCUGUGAUGCCUCGUAUGCCUUCAGGAAGCCAUGCUUUGAUGAUCUGCAAGUCAAUGGAACUUAUAUUUCUCCACCUUUAUCCUGUGACCAAGUCAUCAACCUUAAAGAGAACUUGUGCAAAGCUCAGGAGGAGGAAUUCCAAACUGAAAAGCAAAAGUUCCUCAGCAACCUUGUGAAGCAGAAACCAUACGCAACAGAGAUGCAGUUCCAAUCGAUGCUUGCAGAUUUCGCCCACCUGGUGGAGAAGUGCUGCCAAACAGAGACAAGUGAAAUGUGUUUCCAAGAAGAGGGGUCCAAACUGAUUGAAAAGUGCCAGUCUCUCUUGGGAGGCAAAUGA